UCAGGGAGUUCGUCAUUUCUUCUGUUCGUUUCCCUUCUUUCCCCGUCGCUGGCGACGUUUCUGCUGGCAGUUCUGAAUUAGAGUCUGUGACUCUUUCUCUCGUUUUCUUGUCUUAGUUCUCCUCGUAAUUUCAAUCACAACAUCCGCCAUGGAGAAGCCAGUGUGCGGGAGUGAGGCUGAUGGUGCGGAGUACGACUUUCCACUCCACUUAGGUGCUGUCUUCAUCGUCCUUGCUGCAUCCAUCGGUGGGGCUGGAUUCCCGGUUGUUGCAAAGAAAGUAAAGUGGAUGAAGAUUCCACCAAAGAUCUUCUUCUUCUGCAAACAUUUCGGUACUGGUGUUCUGAUUGCUACAGCUUUUGUCCAUCUUCUUCCAACGGCCUUUGCAUCUCUCAACAAUCCUUGCCUCCCAGAUCUUUUCACUGAGAAGUACCCGGCUCUACCUGGUGUCAUCAUGAUGGGUUCGCUAUUCAUUCUCUUCGUGAUCGAAAUGUGGCUUAACGCAAAGACUGGUGGCCACUCCCAUGGAAGUGCUACCGGUCAGGAGUUUGCUGGAGGCGCGCCGCCACCUGGUCUCCAGGCCGCAAUGAACAACGCCAUGCAAAAGCGAAACAGUUACGACUCUCAAAGGACCAUGUUGACCAUCCGCGACGAUAAGAAGGGCUGGGUUGAGAGCACAUACCCAGGCGCCAACUUCUCGUUUCCCAAAAAUCGUGAUGAGAUGGAGCCCCGAUCCGAGAUGCCGCCUUGGUUCAUCGUCUUUUACGAACAAUACGUCCGCCAACGUGAAGAGAUGAUGAACAUGGUCAACCGCGGAAUGCCGGCUCUGCCAAGUUAUCCUCAGGAAAAGAGCGCCCACGAGGAGGUGUCCUACUUUGAUGAGGAUGUUGAGCAGGCCGUUGACCCACUUGUGCUAAAGAAGCAGUCCAUGCAGAUCACACUCAUUGAAGGGGGUAUCCUAUUCCAUUCUGUCUUCGUUGGCAUGACUGUCUCCAUUACGGCCGAUGGUUUCAUCGUCUUGCUCACCGCCAUUGUCUUUCACCAAAUGUUCGAAGGUCUUGGCCUUGGAUCGCGUAUUGCAGCCGUACCUUAUCCCUCGAACAGCUGGAAGCCGUGGGCUCUUGUCGUCGCAUUUGGCUUUACAGCACCCAUCGGCCAAGCCAUUGGACUCAUGACCCGCGGCUCAUACGAUCCCGAGAGCGCCUUCGGUCUUAUCAUUGUCGGUGUCUUCAAUGCCAUCUCAUCCGGACUGUUGAUCUACGCUGCACUCGUCGACUUGCUUGCAGAGGAUUUCCUUUCAGAAGAGGCUAAUCAUACUCUGACUGGUAAAGACAAAACACGUGCUUUCAUCUACGUGCUCUUGGGAGCUGCUGGUAUGGCCGCCGUGGGAGCAUUUGCUUAAGCAGUACUUGGCCUUGGUCUUACCCGAUGUAUGAGGUCUUCGCGAGGUCAUUAAUCACAAAGCUGCUCGAAACGAUCUUAGCAUGUCUUGGACAGACAUGUAUCUUUCUUCAUCGUUGCAAUGUCGUGGGAAUGUUACCCCACCUAUGUUUAUGAUGGCCUGUAUGAGUAUGGGGGAUGUGGUGUUCUACGGCUAUUUCAUUUCCUUAUAUCACAAAAUGGGGCAACCAUUCACUCUUCAAUAUGAUCAAUCUAGUAUAAUAACAUCAUGUAUUCCGUUGCCUAUCAAGAAACUGUACGAGUGCGUAUUCUCUUAAUUUCGGAAGCCACAAAGAGUCUUCGAGG